AUGCGGACAAUUUUGAUACCGAUUUCAGUGUUAAUGUUAAGCAUUGGUUGGCUCUACCUAUUGGUCACAAUCGCCCCAAACAUUGGAAAUCAUAAGAGCGAAUCGGAUUCACUGCGAUUUCCCAAUAGUCUGACACAAUUGAAACAACUAUCGGAUCUAUUGAUGGCUUACAGUCAAGUGAACGGCACAUAUGUUUUUAUACUGUUUUGUUCAGCCUAUCUGUUCAAACAAACGUUUGCAAUUCCCGGCUCACUAUUUUUGAAUCUAUUGGCCGGUGCUCUCUAUGGUGUUUGGCUGUCAUUCCCAUUGUGUUGUCUGUUGACGGCAAUCGGCGCAUCGUUUUGCUAUACAUUGUCUGCCAUUUCCGGUAAACAUUAUGUGAUUAGGUAUUUCCCGAAACGUGUUGAAUGGUUUCAUCAAAAAGUGAUGGCCAAUAGAUCACAACUUAUUUAUGUAUUACUGUUUUUGCGAUUGUUUCCAAUGACUCCCAAUUGGUUUUUAAACAUUGCGUCGCCUAUUAUUCAAAUACCUAUUCAUCUAUUUUUCAUAUCUGUAUUCAUAGGUCUAAUGCCAUAUAACUUUGUUUGUGUCCAAACGGGAUCUAUUUUAUCACAAUUACAGUCAUUAGACGACGUGUUGGACACAUCGACUGUACUUAAACUGAUUGCCAUCGCUAUGAUUGCUCUUUUGCCCGGAUUUUUAUUUAAAAGAAAAAAAGACAAAAUUCAAUGAAUAGUAUAAU